AUAUUUCACGUACACGUUUGCACCGUUCGUUUGUUCACCUGGUGGGCGCCCGUAAUUGUUCCACGACUAUAUAAGGUGUAUCGCGCUGCGUUCGGCCAGCAGAAAAGCAUCAGGUCGUUCCUGGAUCAUGGCUAACACGAGACUCCUCCUCCUCACGUCCUCGUGUCUCGUCCUCGCAGCAGCGGCGGGCUACGCCGUGCCCUACGUGGCACCGUAUCACGGCCCCCCGGCGCCGCUGGCUCACGACGGGAGAGUGAUCGACACGCCGGAAGUUGCACACGCGAAAGCGGUCCACCUGGCCACCCACGCGGCGGAAGCCGCCAAGGCAUCUCCUCCAACAACCGGUUACGAGGAUUACGAAGGGAAAUACGAAGGGAACGGGGGUUACGUGGCCGGGCAGAGCUUGUACUACGGACCCCCGGCACCGUUGGCGCACGACGGGAGAGUGGUCGACACGCCGGAAGUCGCACACGCGAAGGCCGCGCACCUGGCGGCCCACGCGGAACAGAUUUCGAAAAUCGCACAUAUCGUCCCAUACCAGAAGGCACAUUGGUCGCUGGAUCGACCUGCGCCGAGCUUCGACGUCAUGAUUCAAUACAUCAUUCUCGCUUCCAUUCUCGUUUUGAACGUGGCCCAUUCCGCGCCGCAGUGGUAUCCUGGGGCGUAUGGCGGGCACGCGGCUCCAGCCCCAUUGGGGCCCGACGGAAGAGUGGUGGACACGCCGGAAGUGGCCCAAUUGAAGGCGGCUCAUCUGGCCGCUUUGGCCGACGCGAAUGCCAGAGCGCCUAAAGGACCCGGCGGCCCUUAUCCUGGUCCUCCUGGCUCCUACGCCCCUGGAAACUAUGCACCUCAUUACAGCGGGCCACCAGCUCCUCUCGGGCCGGAUGGCCGCGUGGUGGACACACCGGAAGUGCAACAAGCCAAGGCGGCUCACUUCUCCCUGUACAACGCCGCGGCUCAGUCCAGCGCCCCGCCAGCUCCAGCACCUCCGUCGUGGAAUCCGCAUGGAGGCGCCUCCUGGAACAAUCCCUCUUGGAAUUCCGGACACGAUUGGAACCAGUGGAAUUAGAAUCGGGCGUCGAUCUAGAAACGACUAGGCUGACUAUAUAUUUCAUCCCCUGUUCAUCCCCGAUCGACGAUGCAAGAGAAAAAUGAUUCCCUUGGAUCGUCGAGUUUCAACUACCUCCAAGAAUCUUUAUCUCCAAGAUGGAAGAAGUAUUCUCUUCGUUAUUCUUCUGCAACCUCUUUCCACCACUUUUCUUUAAGCCUUCUUAUCCCCUCCCUUCCUCUCUGGUUCCGUCUUCUCUGUGAUUCGUCUACCUCUUCGUCGGUCGUUUGUCUUCAGUUUUUACGAUUCUUUCGGCGUGAAUUCGAGGUUGGUUUUUUUUUUUUUUAUAAUUUUAAUUCCACCUUCCUCGAUUAAUUCCGUUGUUAAUCCUAAAUAAAUACGCCAUCGAUCAUCAUUAUACAAAAAUUGUGUUGGAAAAUGGAUAAAGUCAAUCUUUUAAUAAUAGAGGAAUCAAUUUUCUUUUCUUUUCCAUUAUAUAGUUAAUUAAAUUUGAUAAGGGAGAAAGAUUUCAUUUCGCAAACUCUCGCAACAAUUCACGAUUCGAAUGAAAAUUUGAAUUUCGUGUUGGAAAGAAUUUAUCUAAUUUAAAUAGAAAUUGAAACGAAUUGUUGAAUUAAUGGGAAAAGAAGAAUAUAAUUUUUUUCAGAGAUAGAAAUUUGCAAUGAUGGCGUAUUGUAUGCAUCGUGAAAGUGAAAUAGAAAUGUUUGAAUCGUCGAAUGGAAAUGAGCUAACGGUGAUAUGCACCGUUACAGUUAUUGUAUACCGUAUAUAAUAUCGUCUUGUCACAUACCUCUUCAAGGUGAUCUCUCUCUUCGUCGCUUUUUGCGUUAGUCAAAGUCUGCGUGGAAAUUAACCUAUGAAUUAUUCAUAUAAAGAUUAUUCAAUGUUAUCAUGUUUUUCUCUUUUAUUAUAAUUAGAAAAAAUUUACAUGUACAUUUGUAAAUUAUCGUGCGUGUACAUAACGGAAAUAUGAGGCGAAUAAAAUGCAACGUUUUGCUGAAACAA